CGGAUGAUGGCAGUAGUGAGUCACAUUUAACGGUUCACCAGAGAGCGGAAAUCCGGUCUCCGGCAUUCAUCCUGUCGUCCUUGAGCUACUGACCAGGUUUGAGUGAAACAUUUUGUCUGGGAAAAUGGUUGCUUAUUGGAGACAAGCUGGGCUCAGCUACAUCAGAUACUCCGCAGUCUGCGCCAGGGCGCUCAGGGCGGCGCUGAAACCGCAGCUCCGAGUGGAGGCGCAGAAAGCCGCCGAAGCAAACGUCAAGAUCAUCAAAGCGAAGUCGGCAUGAGCCUGGAGAGAGAUCUGUCGCAAAGUUUUGUGGGAAAGAAGCAAGCGUGUGCUCGUUGUCUUUGGAGAGAAUCACAUGAAUUAAUUGGAUUGUAAAUGUACAGCAUACUCGUGAUCGGAUGACUAAAAUAAAGUAUAAAAAAGCUGUUCGACUUUAUACUGCUGUUUGUUCAGACUCAUCUACAUCAGUGUUUCACGUUAUCACUGCAAUGUAAAACAGACGACAUAAUGUAUUAAAUCCCGUAUACGACGUAUAUGCAGUUAAGUUCAAUAGUUAAAACAAUGUAAAGACAUUAAUUUAAAUAAAAAUGAAUUUGCUGAACAAUA